CCUCUCUACUCCCUAGCCUCCUCCUCCGCUCCUCCUCCUCCUCCUCCUCCUCCUCGACCUCGCUGCAGAUUCCGGCGGCCCCUCGCCUCAUCCAAUGUACAUGAGCUUGAGGUAGAGAGAGAGAGAGGGAGGGUCAGUGGAGAGAAGAUAAGCGAGAAAAGAAGGGAGUGAGCGAGAGAGAGAGAGAGAGAGAGACAAAAACAGCCGCCAUGGGAGUGGACUACUACAAGGUCCUUCAGGUAGAUCGCAACGCCAGAGAUGACGACUUGAAGAAAGCUUACCGCAAGCUCGCCAUGAAGUGGCACCCCGACAAGAACCCCAACAAUAAGAAGGACGCCGAGGCCAAAUUCAAGCAAAUCUCCGAAGCCUACGAUGUUCUCAGCGAUCCCCAGAAGAGGGCGAUCUACGACCAGUAUGGGGAGGAGGGCCUGAAGGGUCAGGUGCCCCCGCCUGGAUCCGGCGGGUUCUCGGCCGGUGGUCCUGAUGGACACGCUUCGUUCCGUUUCAAUCCCAGGAGCGCCGACGACAUAUUCUCGGAGUUCUUCGGUUUCACGAGUCCGUUUGGGGACGUUGGCGGCGGGUCCAGGGCGGGUGCCUCGGGGUUCCCGAGGGGCAUGUUUGGGGAGGAUAUGUUUGCCUCAUUCCGGGGCGGUGGAGCGGGAGAUGCUAUUCCUCGGAAGGCCCCGCCCAUCGAACGGACUCUGCCCUGCAGUUUGGAGGACUUGUAUAAAGGCACCACCAAGAAGAUGAAGAUCUCAAGGGAUGUUUUUGAUUCUUCUGGGAGACCUACCACAGUAGAGGAAAUUCUUGCGAUUGAGAUCAGACCAGGCUGGAAGAAAGGAACAAAGAUCACGUUCCCUGAGAAGGGAAAUGAGCAGAGGGGAAUCAUCCCCUCGGAUCUUGUUUUCAUCAUCGAUGAGAAGCCUCACAGUAUCUUCAAGAGGGACGGUAACGAUCUCGUCAUCACACAGAGGAUCUCUCUUGUGGAAGCCCUCACAGGGUACACGAUGCAGCUGACGACCCUCGAUGGGCGAGAUCUGACAGUUUCAAUCAACUCCGUCAUCUCCCCAACCUAUGAAGAAGUCGUCAAGGGGGAGGGAAUGCCUAUUCCCAAGGAACCCACCAAGAAAGGGAACUUGAGGAUUAAGUUCAAUAUCAAGUUCCCCUCGAGGCUUACUUCAGAGCAGAAGACCGGGAUCAAGAGAUUGUUAACAUCUUCAUGAGGGAACAAAGCUUCAGUUAUGGAUAUGGACUACCGCCGCCUCCUCCUCCAAUCAGCAAUCGUGUAAAACUUUUAUUUUUAUUUUUAUUUUCAUUCUCUUUGUUUAUUGUUUAUAGUUUUUGAGGAAAGAAAUAUGUGAUGGAUCUGUUAGUGAUGGAUUUGAUCAGAAUUCUUCAUUCUGAUGUUUCUCAA